AUGCCUCAAACUCUAGAUAUUCAACUACAAAAUCAUUACCCUUCGGAUGAAGUUUAUGCUUAUAUCACGGGGUUGGCAUUAAACAAUAACAACCGUGUCUUUCUACUGAGAGCCGAUGGAAAGACACCAUAUUACCCUGACUCCCCACCUCACACCGUGCAUCCACUUUCAGCAGAUUGUGCUAUUAAAUUGGGGAAACAGGGUAGUACCACUAUUGCCACAAUCCCUCUUCUUGCUGGAGGAAGAAUCUGGUUCUCAAUAGGCAAGAAAUUGGUGUUUUUCGUCAACCCAGGACCGGCAUUGGUUGAGCCAUCUGUCACCAAUCCUUCUGAUCAUAAUAUCAAUACAAACUGGGCAUUUUGCGAGUUUACAUUCAAUCAAACUCAAAUUUAUGCCAAUAUAAGUUAUGUCGACUUUGUCAGCUUGCCAAUUUCUAUGAAACUUAUACCCGAAAACGGUAGGCCACAAGAAAUUCAUGGCCUGAAAGCAGAUGGUCUAGAGACUAUCUGCGAAGGCCUAAAAGCACAAAGUCAAAUUGACGGCGCAGGGUGGGACAAAUUGGUUGUAGAAAGUGGUGGUCGAAAACUUCGAGUAUUAAGCCCCAAUCAUGAACCGGGUUUUGAUGGCUAUUAUGAAUCUUACGUCAAUGAAGUGUGGGAUAAAUACACACAUACACCAUUGAUUGUCGACACCCAAGCUGAAUGGGGAAAGGUAGAGGGCCGUGUAGGCAAUGGGCAAUUAACAUUUCCUGGCCUGGCGACUUUCUCGAAGCCAUCUACUGCAGAUAUCUUUAGUUGUAGUUCUGGCCCAUUUUCCAACAAUGCUGGGCCGACAGGACCUCUCACGGCUCGUAUUAGUGCGGCACUCAAUCGAUCGACAUUGUUAAGCAACAAUCAUCAGCCACACAAGGAAAGAGUAUCGGAAUUUUAUCGACACAAGGUCUCAAAUCACUAUGCUCGACUUGUUCAUGAAGCAAAUCACCAUGGUCGGGGAUAUGCUUUUCCAUAUGAUGAUGUUUCAUCCGGUAUGGAGACUGAUCAAUCUGGUUUUGUUAGUGGAUGGCCAAAGUCGUUCACUGUUUCUAUCGGUUGA